ACAAUCACUGCGUAUAAUAUAAUCAUCAUAGCUUUCGUUCAACCUAGCUAUAUACAACCUCGCUCUCAAAACUGAAGACUCUCAGUCGACGGGAUCGAGGGGGAAAACAGCAAAAUAAUGAAGACCCCAAGAUCCCCUUCUCCUCCUUCUUCUUCUUCAUCUUCUUCUUCUUCUUCCUCCGCUUUCCCUCUGAGAAAAGCCCGCGGCCUGUCGCCUUUCCUCUUCACCCUCCUCGCCUUCAUCGUCUUCGUCGUCACGCUAUACGGCCAGGACUUCAUGUGCCUCCUCGGCCAGCUCGACCCCUACUCCUCUCGAGACGACGUCGUCGCCGGCAACCCUUCUCCCCGUCGGAAGUGGGAGGUGGAGCCGGCGUUUGCGGUGGGGAAGAAGCCGGCGGGGUGCGACUACUUCAGCGGGAGGUGGGUUUGGGACGAGACGGCCGGGCCGUUGUACGAGGAAUCGGAGUGUCCGUACAUCCAGCCGCAGCUGACGUGUCAGGCGCACGGCCGUCCAGAUAGGGAUUACCAGUUCUGGAGAUGGCAACCCCACGGCUGUGAUCUCCCCAGCUUCAACGCGACGCUGAUGCUGGAGAGCCUACGUGGCAAGCGCAUGAUGUACGUCGGCGACUCCCUUAACCGCGGGCAGUACGUGUCCAUGGUUUGCCUCGUCCACCGCCUGAUCCCCAACGAGUCCGCCAAGUCCAUGGAGACCACCGGCUCCCUCACCGUCUUCACCGCCGCCGACUACAACGCCACCAUCGAGUUCUACUGGGCCCCUUUCCUCCUCGAGUCCAACUCCGACGACGCCGUCAUCCACCGCGUCUCCGACCGCAUCGUCCGCCGGGGAUCCAUCAACAAGCACGGCCGCCACUGGAAGGGCGCCGACGUCGUCGUCUUCAACACGUAUCUAUGGUGGAUGACGGGGCUGAAGAUGAAGAUUCUGCAAGGCUCGUUCGACGACGAGGCCAAGGAGAUCGUUGAGGUUUCGACGGAGGAUGCGUAUAGGAUGGCGAUGCGGAGCAUGAUGCGGUGGGCGAGGAAGAACAUGGAUCCGAGGACGACUAGGGUUUUCUUCACCAGCAUGUCGCCUACCCACGCCAAGAGCGGGGAUUGGGGAGGCGAGCCAGGGAAGAACUGCUACAACGAGACGACGCCGAUCAACAACGCGACGUACUGGGGGUCCGACAGCCGGAGGAGCAUAAUGCAGGUGAUCGGAGAGGAGUUCGGGAAGUCCAAGUACCCGGUGACGUUGCUCAACAUAACCCAGCUGUCCAACUACCGGAAAGACGCGCACACUUCCAUCUACAAGAAGCAGUGGAGCCCACUCACGGCGGAGCAGCUGGCCAACCCGGUCAGCUACGCCGACUGCACCCACUGGUGCCUCCCCGGGCUUCAAGAUACCUGGAACGAGCUCCUUUUUGCCAAGCUUUUCUAUCCAUGAUUUGAUGGAUUGAUCACAAAUGUAAUUAGUUAAUUAAUUGCUUCUCUUUUUUUGGUAUUUUCUUUAACAAUUUCUUUUGGGUUCUUACUACCUGGUUUGAGAGCGAGGGUGCUGUACAAUUGCACAAGUUUUUAGAUAAAAGGCAAGAACUAGAAUUUGAUUGAAUUUAGUAAAGGGGUAGUUGGGGAUUUGGUCAUUCACUCAUUUGGGACUUGCUUAGAAAAAUCUAGGUCAUUAAUUGGAUUUAUGAAGACAAUUUGUUGAAUCGGAUUAAAUAUAUGAGAACUUUAUAAACGGUUUAAGUAAUUAAAGUGUUGGACUCAUUUGAUAUAAGUGUGUAUAUUCUUCGAUUCGAAAUAUCUUGAAAGAG